AGAUAUAAGAGAUGAUAUGCCUGAUGAUUUAUCUCCAUCGGCACAGAUUGAUUAUGACAGACUUCUGGGUGGCCUUCUGAUCGAGGGAUUUGAUGAAAGAUCGUGUCGCAGCAGGUACCAGUUUGCACGUUAUCACAGGAAUGCAGCAAGAGUACUUUCUCCAUACCUCAUAGAAAGAUUAAGGAGACAAGAAGCACUGCAGAAGAAGUGUGGUCCAGGCACCAAAUCAUACAACAAUGCUGUAAAACAGCUCAGGUCCACUCAGAGCAUCAACGGCACAUCGGAUUGCAACUAUCUCUUCCUGAUAAUCCAUGCCGGAAUGGGUAACCGGAUGCUUGAGAUCACUUCAGCGUUUCUUUACGCACUUUUGACAGGCAGGGUUUUGCUCGUGGACCGUUAUAAGCAGAUUGCCAACACUUUCUGUGAGCCUUUUCCUGGAACUUCAUGGUUGAUUCCUUCAGAUUUCCCUCUGAGCUAUAAUGAGUUCACCAAGCAUAGUCCAGAGAGCUAUGGUAACAUGUUGCAGGAAAAUGUUAUCCGUGGCAACACAUAUCGGUCUCUAGCCAGUGCUAGGCCUCCCUAUGUGUACCUCCAUCUUGAUGGUGACUACGCUUUCCACGACAAGCUUUUCUAUUGCGAAGAUGAUCAACAGUUCCUGCAAGGUGUGCCGUGGCUGAUCAUGCGGACCGACAUGUACUUUGUGCCGUCACUGUUUCUUAUCCCAAGUUUCCAAGAUGAACUGAGCAAGCUGUUUCCUGAAAAGGACACCGUUUUCCAUCACUUGGGCCGGUAUCUUCUUCAUCCAACAAAUGAUAUCUGGUAUUCGGCGACAACGUACUACAGGGCCUACCUUGCUAAAGCUGAUAAAGUAGUGGGGAUUCAGAUCAGAAUAUUUGAAAAGAAGGGCAUCUUGCAAAGAAAUGGGCCAUUUCCACACGUUUUAGAACAGAUCCUUUCUUGUGCUCAAGGUGAAAAGCUGCUGCCAGAAAUCGGUGUGACCGAUGAAGCUGCCGCUCGGAAUAACCGGACAAUCGCCGUUCUCGCGACCUCUUUGAGCUCUUGGUACAGUGAUCAGAUCAGGGAAAGGUACAGCGAGCACCACGCCGUCGACGGCACCACGGUGAAAGUUUACCAGCCGAGCCACGAGGAGUACCAGAAGAAGAAGAACAGGAAGCACAACAUGAAGGCGCUGGCGGAGAUCUACCUGCUGAGCAUGAGCGAUGUGCUCAUCACCAGCGGCUUCUCCACCUUCGGCUACGUCGCGCAGGGCCUCGCCGGCCUCACGCCGUGGAUCAUGUACAGGCCCGAGAACCACGUCGUGCCGGAGCCGCCGUGCGGCCGUGCCAUGUCCAUCGAGCCGUGCUUCCACCAGGCCCCCUACUUCGACUGCAAGGCCAAGAGGGACGCCGACCUGGGCAAGGUGGUGCCGUACGUGAGGCACUGCGAGGACGUCAGCUGGGGCCUCAAGAUUGUAAAUGAAACUCGGUUGUAGCUGUAAGUUUUCUUUUCUUUUCUUCACACGGUAACACAAUUGUUUGCUAAAAAAAUAGGGUAGGCUUCUUUUUAAUUUACAGGAAAAUAUGUUUCACGAAUGUAUUUCUUUUUUCCUCUCAUGCAUUUGAUCAGAACUGUAGAUAGUUGACAAACAGAUUCAUUAAUAGAAAAUACUAUGAUUACCA